AUGCGAGUCAGGCUGGAUCCGUUGUCUUCGGACUACGUGUUGUCGGUGGGCAACGGCACGCCACCAAACACAAUCAAUGACAUAAUAAAAAUACCACAUGAAAUGCUUGUACCGUAUGAUGACGACAACAGUUCCUUAAAUAUCUUGAUAGAAGACGUUUUCCACAACAUUCAGCAAUAUCCAGAAAAUGUGUCUACCAUGAUGAACCGUGCAAUACUAACACCAAAGAACAGCUUUGUCGAUGAAAUAAAUUCGUUGUUAAUUGGACGAUUCCCAGGAGAAGUCCACCUAUACUAUAGUAGGGAUGAGACGGUAGAUAAUACUGAGCAAUCGGUAAUGGAGGACUUCUUAAACACUCUAACUCCGAAUGGAUUACCCCCACAUGAAUUAAAACUCAAAAAAAAUUGUCCCAUAAUGCUGCUUAGAAACAUUAAUCCUUCUGAAGGUUUAUGCAAUGGAACACGUUUAAUAUGUCGGGCAUUCGACCAAAAUGUCAUAGAUGCUGAAAUUGUCGUGGGACACCAUAUCGGAAAAAGAGUGUUCAUUCCAAGGAUACCGUUCCUGCCAAAUGUGGAUGAAAAUAGUGGUUUUCCAUUCAAACGAACGCAAUUCCCAAUCAGAUUGAGUUUUGCAAUGACUAUAAAUAAGUCCCAGGGACAAACAUUGGAUUACGUUGGGAUCUAUUUACCACAACCUGUUUUUUCACACGGUCAGUUAUAUGUAGCAAUAUCACGAGCAAAGACGUCAUCAACAGUUAGAGUCCUGAUCCGACCUGUGUCAACUUCGCAACAAGAUAAGAACUUGACUAAAAACAUCGUGUACACAGAGUUAUUAGCAUUAUCUUGUUUAAGUUAA